UUUGGCGCUAGUGUAGCGCCUGUAGCGGUGAAUGCUCGCGUUUCCUGUCAAAAAGCGCCAUUGCGCAUGACAGUCAGUGCGGCCUUGCAGACUGAAGAGCGCUGCCAACAAAGGCCGAGUCGAUGGGGUUACAAAAAGAUUGUUAAUUUGGACAUCUAAACCCUUUUGUUGUUGUAAUUAUAAUUUUAUAUAGGUUGUGAAUCUGUGAUUACGUUUAAGAAAUGUGUGCAUGAUAUGAAUCGUGGCGACUAGCAAAGGAGUCAGCUGGUCCACAGUGCGAAUAGUGAAUAAGAAAUGGCGGCCUUGCCAGCAGGUGUUCAGUAUCCGUUAUCAUCGGAGUCUAGUUAUAAAGAAAACAAGGAACUAGUGUUUGUGAAAUUAACGGAUUCUGCACUGAAAGCUAUAGAAGAUUUUCUUAGAAAUAACAGAGACCGAUUAGCUAAACCUAAAAUACAGUUCCUACCCGGAAAUGAAGGGAAAAUUUCCAUUCCGACUCCUACCGGUGGCAAUGGACCAUCGGGUGAAGCUACGUUUCGCUUCAGCAUCAAUAGUAAUACAGAAAUGGAAGGUCCACAGGGUGCGUUUGAAUGUGUUAGGAGCGGUGGCACGCGGCGUUUGGAGUCGUGCGGGCCGCUACCGCGAAGAAUGCGCGUCCAAGCCAAUGACGACUCGUACGAGGCCACAAAAGACCGGAUGGCGAAAACGGUCGCCGCGGAGCAGAGUAAAUGCACCCGCGUGAUUAAACCUAACAUGACGGACAUUGGAAGGCGUGUAAAAGUACGACACUCGUACGUGUCAAACAAUACCGCCGGUCAACUCGCCGAUCGACCUGACCGGGCCGACCGACCGGAGCGUCCAGAUCGACCCGAUCGGCCCGACAGACCUGAUCGAUCAGAGAGACCGGAGCGGGUCGAGAGAGGCGACCGGGUGGAGCGCGUGGAACGGCCUCAGGUGGCGGCGAACGUGCCUCGUCCUCAACCCGCGCCGACGCAGCCCCAUCAGCCGCCCCAGCACCUAGCGACGCAUCAUCAGCGUCCGCCUCAUAACCCGGAUCUCACUAGGAGAUCUUUGAAAGAAAGACUUAUACAAUUAUUAGCAUUGAAACCGUUUAAGAAACCCGAAUUGUACACUAGAUUAUCCUCCGAGGGGAUCAAGGAUAAAGAGCGGAGCGCCGUGAACAAAAUACUACCGCAGAUUAGUUUGAUGAAGGACAACUGUUACCACUUACGUAGGCACAUCUGGAAUGACGUCAACGAGGAUUGGCCGUUCUACACUGAAGAGGAAAAACGCAUGCUCAAGAGGCGGAAACCUCAAAACUUAACUCCCCCGCUGAGCAGCGACUCGGCGCAGUCGCUGUCGCCGCGCGCGUCCCCCGGCGCAAAGCGAGCCCCCGCGCCCCCCGGCCCGCCCGCCGCCGCCCUCGGGGACGACGCCCCCGCCGUUAAGAAGCAACGCAUCUCGCAUUACCGCCGCCCCUCGCCGCCCUCGUCCGGGUACGCCACCACCUCGUCGGGGGAGCGGCACGCAUCCGACAACGAGGAUGAACGGACGACAACGCAGGUUAAAAAGGACAACGGUUACACCCUUAACUUUACCACAGUCAAGGAAAUCUGUCCCAGUCCUCCGGUCAAACCGAACGGCUUUAGAAGUAGUCCCCCCGUAGAGCAAACUAAUAUCACAGAAAAAGACAUCACAAAUACGGAACCCUUAGAAAAUACUGAAUUAACGUCUGUGCCUGACGAGAAUACGACUGAUUUAGAUGAGAUCGAAAGGCGAUACCCGCCGAUCACGAGUUCGGGUAUGCGACGGGCCUACAAAAACGAAUUCGCCGAACUGUACACGGAGUACAGAGAGUUGUACGCGAGGGUUGCGCAGGUUGCGGCGCUGUUCACUAGGCUCGAGAACGAACUCAAACGGGCGCAACCCAUGUCGCCUCACCAUCAGAGCAUAGAGCAACGCAUCGUCGAGGAAUACAGACGCGUCAGCAACGACGCCGCCUACCAACACGAGCGGCGGAGGGUCAACUAUCUAGACAAGAAACUAACUCAUCUCAAACGUAUGGUGCACCAGUACGAUCAGCUACGCAACCUGAAGCAGGAUCGCGUAUCGACGGCGAGUACGACUCAGGCGUACUGACAAUCGAGCAACGCCGCGCCCGCCGCCCGCAGCCUCUAGUGCGACGCGACUCCGCACUGCGCGACCCGCACUACGCGCCCCGCACUACGCGCCCUCGCACUACGCGCUGGACAAUGUAACCGACCAAAACGAAAGGUACAGCGGAAUAACAAGCGAUGCUACAAAUAAAUACAUUUUAUAAAAAAUCCGUUUUAAAUUCGACGUUACAAUCCGCAUUACAAUAUAUAUUAUUAUUUAAUGACGCAUUUAAGGCUUUUUAGUAAACUCUAAUAAAGAUCAAGUCAUCAAUCAAAAAUUUGUUUAUUACAGUACGAGAAUGUUGUGUUUGUGACCAUAGCUUGUUCUUCCCCUGGUCCCUUCGAAUAAUAAUAUUCUUCUUUUAUACGAAGUGGCUCCCGUACAGUGACAGAUGUUAAGCUUUUUUUAAAUAUAUUAUAGUACAUAUAUAGAUAUAUUAAUAUUAUUAUUAUUAUUAUUAUUAUUCAUGUGCGUUUUUGGUCUGCGACUCGACGGUUCUGACGAAGCCGCGCUGACUCUUCGGAAUGCCUUUUCAAAUGUCGUUUUGUGUUCCAACGCUUUGUUUUUUUUUUUAAUGUCACACUUUAUAUUUAAUCUGUGUUUCUAAACGUUCAGGCCGAAUUGAGAAAUUUCAGUGAUAAAAGUAAUGAAUGCAUAAUGUUAGCGAAUAGUUUUGAAAUAUGUAUUUUAUUAAUAUGAAAAUCGUAUUGUUUUUCUUUUAACUCUGCAGUUAUGUAAGAUUUCUGUAGAUGUAUUCACGUCGACUUUCUGUGUUGAGAUUGUUAAACAACGCGUUGCGAAUCUUUUUGCUGUUUUAGUUAUUAGGCAGGUUUGACGAAAGCGGUGAUUACGUCUUUUAUUUUUUAAUUAUCUCAUAUUACAAUUUCAUACAUACUGACGAAAUUUGAACGCAGUCUCAAUAUUUACCUUUAGGCCUUUUGAAUACACGAUUUAACACAACCGGUAUUAUUAUAAACUGAUAUUAUUGUGAAUUUAUCUCACAAUAAUUCCAGUUCUUUACAAAGCAAUUCGUUUUUACGGCGCCAUUGUGAAAACUCGUGACACAAUGGACGGUUAAGUGUUUCGGUUGCGAUGUGUGUGUGUAUUGUAAAGACAAUGGCGUGAGGCUUUAAAAAUAUUAGAAGUUGCAGUUGCCUCGCUAUUAUCAGGGGUCUUAGUAAAUUACGAAAAAUCGAGAUUAUAGCGUUAAUGAACUUGGCCCUGUAUGAUAUUUAUGUAUUGAUGAGACACGCGGCGACCUGCCAAAUUGGCCGCCUCUAGACGUCGAUGUUAAGGUAACCGUAAGACAUUUGACCGACACUAUUACAGACGGUUCGACAAAAUCACACUAAUAUACUUUACUAUCUCCAACACGGGCGUUGUUAUUUUAUUAAAUAUCACCGAAUCCUGACCACGGUCCGCUGUGGCUUGCUAAAUGUAUGAGAAUCACUGUUAUUAGUUAUGCCAAUUGAAGACGUGAGUGGAUAAUGGGGAUUUCGAUACAAUUUGUUAAUUUUGAAAAAACUGGUAACAAACUUGUACUUUUUUUCGUACAUAACUCCUUCAUCACAUGCAAUUUCUGAAAAUAGCCUUUAAAUCUGGAGUUUUAAGGUCUAAUGUGAUUUACAGGCACCUAACACCUUCAUUCAAUGUAAAAACUAAAAAAAUCUUUAAAUUUGUACUUAACCCCUUCAUCCACUCAUGUCUUCAAUUAUUAGUUAUGUCAAGACGGGUACUCUUGAAUGCCAACUACACAGAGACUCAAAACGAUCCAACAAAUAUCGGCCAUUUGCUUUUUUUAUUCAAAGAUUUGAAAAUAAGUCACCUCGUUUAUUCACACUUGAAUGCUUAGCAUCAACAUGCUUCUUCUUUGAACAAAAGCAACAGGCGUAUUGGUGUUUAGUUGAAUAUAAAGACUGAUGUUUCGUUGUGAACAUUUUGCUUAGCGAUUACCCGCGUCUCGAUAAAAUGCAAAAAAUAUACGAUUUUCCUGUAAAUAUUUCAAAACAACAUAUCCCAAGGUGUCGAAUGAGAACGGUUACCCUAACAUCCGAUGUCCGAGCACGUACUGAUUUAAACACAAACAUACGCUGUUACAUAUUACAUAUAUAUAUUUGAGAAGUACGAGUAUAUGACAUUCUCGCGAUAUUAUAGACCUAUAAUUUGUUUCGUUCAUGUUUAGGUACUUUAACGAAAUUGUUUAUUGAAAAAAAAAUAACAAAAUACAAAAAUAGGUUCUGUUCAAGUCAGAUUCAAGUUUCACUAUCGGUUGUUGUCACAGUAAAAUGUCUAUAUUUAGUAUGCGAUAAAAAUGCUAUUGAAGUGAAUUACGACAAAAGCCGCUAUUGAAAUUCGAAUUGCCCCCCCCCCCCCCCCUCAAAGCUAACCCCUCCCCUCUAAUUUUUGUUUGUCAUUGACAUUAGGGUGCGUGAAAUCGAUUAUCGAAAUGUCACUGGCAAUGACAAACAGUAAACCAACUCCACAGAUCAAUGUUCUACAUUUCUUAUCGGAACGUUAAGAUAAGUGCGGUUGUUUCAUUUCUUAUCGUGUAAAUAAUUUUUAUAUUCAUAUAAAUAUAUAUAUAUGAAUAUUCAAUUGUCGAAUAUUUAAUAGUCCAAUCGUAUAUGUUCGUCCACAUUUUUUAUUCCAUUUGAAAAUUAUUGCCGUCUAUUGUUAUCAUUGUCCAAAAGUAUUGCUGAAUUAUUUUUACUAUUUCUCUUUAUGCAAGGUCAAGGUUUUCUUACAAUUGAACAGUUACACCGAUAACGAUUCGAAUAAGUCAAUUUUUACGUCUGUUGGCCUUGUAGAAAACAAUUAUCAAAACCUUUUGUAUAAUGUUUAGCCCGAUAUCGUCCUUUCGCUUUUAUAAAUCCAUCCAUAUGUUUAAUGUUGGACGUUCAUUUUAUUUCAAAUUCGUCUUGCCCAGAUUGCAUGUUGUACAUACUUUAUAUAUAUAUUUAGAGAAGGGGAAUAUAUCAAAAAUGUUCUUGUUAAACUUUGUUAUUGGUAGUGAAAUAUUUUCAAGUUGAUUUCUGAUAAUAAUCGGUUAGCGCUUGCGUUUGAAUGUGUCGUGUUUUUAUUCUGUCGGAUCCACGAUACCGCCUUGAGCUUUGACCUACAUUUGUGCAGAAAUAAAUUUCUCGGUUUAUAUGGCGGUUUGUGGCGAGUUAUUUCGAUUCCCCUAUUGGAACACGACUUCUUCACGGUCGCCAGACGCGAUUUAUUCUCAUUGCAUCCCUUGAUCCUCUAGUACACUUCCGUGCAAUUGAAUUGGCAUCGAAUUUCGGGUAAAUAUAUUCCCGAAACUAAACUCUGUUUCGAUCAAAAUGAUUAAGAAGCAUAAAAUAACCAAUGAUCUAGAACCCAAGUGUAAGAUACCUAACGCUUAAAAUCUCUGCCGAUGUCUGUCAUAAAACAAAAUUAACUGUAAUUAGUCCUUGCUUAAUUCAAACGUAUUUUACGAUAAAAACACGACAUAUUAGUUGCCUCCUCUUUCAUUUUCUGCUUGACAAUCAUGAGUUAAUGCAGGGUGGAAUACAAUGGUAGUCAUCAGUGCCUGAAAUAAUCUCAGAAAUGUUUACACUAAAUUCCUUUCUUUGACAAAACAAGUACAACUUCAUUCAAUGAUUGAAAAUUUUCGCCUUAAUCAAUUCAAUGGCGAAAUUUUUAAUUUUUAUCGCAGUUUUGCGUUUUAUAUUCAAAUUACCAUCCAUUUAUCUUAAAUACCAUGUUUCCUGUAGAAAUUUAAUUCUCAUCAUUGACGUCAUCAAUAGGCUUCGUCAUACAAAAUGUAUUUUUUCGAUUUUACAUCGGUUCGAUGGCGGACAGAAGGCCACAUGUCCAAAAACUAUAGUCGUGAGUUGUACUUUUUUCAACAAAUAAUAACAUAGUUUGGGUAUUAAUUACUUACCAGGGAAUCCCCGUUUUGCUGUCUCACUAAAUAAAUUAUAUGUAUUAUACAUUUUUUGAAUCGUUUCGCACGCCACUUACUUGUUGAUUUGUACUUCCCCAUUUUAUCCAUCCUGUAUGUAUAAUUUCAUAAUUACUUGAUUUUUUUUUUUUUGAAAAAUUUUAGUAACAGCCGGCCAGUUCUGAACAUCCAUUAGAAAUAAGCAAAGAUUCUGGUCCUUUUGGUCAAACCCUCCAUAAUACAAUAAAAAAAACUUAGUGUUUUCUAGUAUACGCUUGAGCCAUUUAACUGUAUUUAUUACACUGCGUUACAUAAUAAAUUUCUCAUAAAAUGAACAUCACUUUGGCUCGAGCGUACGGAAUAUAACCGUCUCAUAUUAUUUGUCCUGAGAUUGACGUCCAUAUUUGAAAAUUAUUUUUAGCAUUAAGUGAUUCUGAUUAUUAUUAUUAUUACUCCUUUUUUAAUCAUCGAAAGAAAAAAUAAUGCAAAAAUCUUUGCGAUAGUCCAUUUUUUAUUCCUUUAUGCAAAAUUCGUUGUCAACCGCGUCUCGUGAAAUCUUAAUAUAUCAUUAAUUUGUAAAUUCUCGUUUGUUGUUAAAUGCGUAUAUAAACUUGUAGGUGUAAUUGAAUACGAUGUUUGUAUAGGUUUUUGCUAAGGCUUGUUGAACAAUGUUACUUCGGUUGAUUUUUGUCAAUUAAUAUGUCAAAGUUUGACGUUUCUCAUUAAUUUUUUAAAUUUCCAAUCGAAAAAAAAAAAAACUUUGUCAAUUGUUUUAAUAAGAUAAAUUCGUUUGUAAAACUCGAUCGUGCAAACCUUAAGAGGAAAACGUUUUGUUCUAGGAGAAAUCACGAAUAUUUAACCUAGAAAUAUUGUUUAUUUGUUUUUUUUUUUUUGUAAAGUUUGAAAUCAAAAUUGUUCCUCUUAACUUUGUUCUUGUUGGAGUGAUAUAAACGUUAAUUCGUGAAUAUCAUUAGAGAAUUCACUAGUAAUAUCGCGUUGUUCGGUCAAUUCACAAGUGCCCUUUUGUUGCUCACUUUUUUUUUUGUUUUUUUGUUUAAUUGUUCGCUUUUUACUCAUUAUAAUGCUCAAUAUUAUGGUCCUGAUAUUAGAUGAUUAAAUGUUUCACUUUGAGUUUUAAUUUAUUUCUCUUAAUUAUAAUGAAAUUAAUGAAUUCUUCAUUUAAUACGAAAACGACCGUGGGCGGUACAAAUCUAUUGUUGAAUGUAUAGUUUUUCAUUCGGACUCUGUUAUAUUGAAUACUCAUUAACGAAAACAAUCAACAAGACUCAUUUAAAUUAUUAGAGGCUAAAACUUUUGUAAAAAAAAUUUGAAAAAAAAACUGUCUAGAGUUUUAUCGAUUUCGAUACCAGACGACAUGGACCGCGGCCGCGUUUCGUUUUUGUAAACUAUACGUGAACUAAAAAGAAGAUUAUCACGAUAAUUUAAUUUCCCCACACCGCACUUUUUUUUGUCUAUAAACGAUUUCAACAAUUACAAUUUAAACUUUGUUACCACUAGUUUAGGCAAUCGUUUUUUUUUUCUUUUUCUUUUUAAUAACUCAAUACGUAAUUGCUUAUUUUACGUAUUAUCAUGUUUUAACUAAACGAAUAAAAAAAGAGCUUUCUCUCGAUAUCUUCGAUUUCUUGCGUUGAAUUUUAUUGGGGGGUUGUUGAUUAUAUUAAACUUAUUAAAUUUAUUGAAAUGGAAAUUGUGAGAAAUGCAUUCCAUUCGUCGAAAUCCUUGAUUGUGAGCACUGUUCAUCGAUGCACCCAAUAGUAUGUGGAUAGUGUAUAUAAUAAAGAUAAAUAAAUAUAUUUUUACACACAGAAAAAACCGUAGCUGAUAUCAAACUAAUCACUACGUUUGAGCCUUAGCAUGGUACGGUAAUUAUAAUGUAUCGUAUCAUGUCAGUAACAAAGUGGAAUAUUAGAGUAUUUACAAAUUUCAGACCGUUUAUUAUAAUAAAAUAAGGUAUAUAGAUAAAAUCCCUUUCUAACAUUUUGCGCGUUUAAUAUACUGUCACAAAGGGAGUAAUGCUAUGACAAAACAUGUUACUCGAUUGUUGUUUAAAAUAAGUUGGUUAGAAAGUUGGACAGAAAAUAUAUCGUAUUUUGUCAUAUUUAUACAAAGAAAAAAAAAUCUAUAUCUCAAUGAAUAUAUUAUAUAUCAUAGUCCAUUGUACAGAAUAGUCCGUAUUUAGUAGUAAUGACAUCAUCUUUUUUUUUAAUUAUUAUUAUAUCAUAGUGAUAUAUUAAGUACUAAUUUCCGAAAUACAUAUUAUUUUUGCGGCACGACAAAUACGCCACUGCGAUAGUUUUUACGUUGUUACGUUUGAUGGAUUUUAGUCGUUAUCGAAUCAAUAUAAUUUUUAUUGUGCUUCGUUUUUUUUUUGGUUGUGUUUAAACCCAUCUACGAACUGUAGCAUUGAAUUUGGCCUAUUUUUAUUUGCAGCACUAUAUAUUUAAUAGUGGCGUUUGUCGAGCGGCGUAUUUGUCGUCUGCAAACAUUAUAUUAUUAUUACUUAACAUAGCUGAUAUUAUAGCAGCUAAGGCGGGCGGUACGUACAUGAUCAUCUUUACGUUAUAAUAAUUAUUUAGAUUAAGAUCUUUGAGUUUGCGUAUUCUGAUCAAAUGUUGUUGUAAAUUUGCUGUACAUUAAAAUAUAGAGGAGGGCCGUCGCCGCGGUCGGAACUCGACACGCCGCACAGUGGGUCGAUUCUAUGAUUUUAGUGACUUAGGGACCAACUUUGUUUUUUUAUAUAUUUUUUUAUGUAGAUAGAUAGAGCUCGUUAAUCUCAAUAAUAAUUGUUUUGGGCAAAAAUUACAAAAACUUUAUAGUUUGGUCAGAAAAAUGUGUUUUGUGAUUUUUUUGUAUGGAGCGGGUCACAUUAAAUUAAAUUCCUGCUAAGUACCGAGAGGUCCCGCUUUGAAACUUUAUUUUCCUUAUACCUUGUCUAUUCUACUAUCAUUUGAUACUAUGAACAUGUGCAUAAAGUUGCAACUCUGCCAAAUAAAUGGAUCGAAAAAAUUUAAUAAAUACAUAGAAUAAAAACCUUUAUAUUUUUUUUCGUAAGUGCUUUUAAGUUAAAUUUGAUAUGGAUUAGUAAGUAAAAGCACGUAAUGAUACCCAUAAUUACAUAAUACCUAACAACAAUACAUUUAGUAGGUCUCUAAUUAUGCAAUCUCUCUAAAAUUAUAUAUUUUGUUUCACCUUUCGAUCUUUGGGUCAGAAGACGAAAGAAGAUUGUGUAAAAUAUCCUCAUUAGUCGACGUUCUACUUCUCAUUCUUGAAUAACAACUCUCUGUAUAUUUCCGAAAAUCUUUAUUGCGAGCUUCCGCUGCCUCUUCCGAGAGUUUUCCUAUACGAAUGGCACCAAAGUUCUUCAUUAUUGUAUAUCACUGCCAUGUGCCAACAAUUUAUAGAUACUGGAAGGCAUAUAAUACCAGGGAUAUAAAUUAACAUACAAUUCUGCAGUAUAUCUAAAAAAUUCCGAAAAAUUGGAAACGCGCUCUCCAGAUGCAACAGAGUGAAGAAUCACGUGAAACCUCUCUAUUAAAUCUUUACGUAUUCCUGUUAUGCGGGCUGUUUCUUCUGCAUCCCUGAAAAAUCUUCUGGCAGUAUUGCCAUCAUUGGUUGUUCCUACUCCUUGCUUGACAACAUCUUUAAGUAAACCGCAUUCCUUUUUAAACGCUUGCUGUAUAGUACUUUUUCUGGUUGUUAUUUUUUCUUUGUCAUCGCCCCUUGCAACUCCAUUUCUUGAAGUCCAAACGAUAAGACGUAAACAAAAAAAGUGUCAUUUAAAAAAUUAUCUCACAGGAAACUACAUACGAUGAAAAAAUUGUGAAGUAAUAAAAUUAUAUUUACCGACAUGAAGUAAGCACUCCAUGCAUUUUAUCCAGGCAUGUAAAGAUGGCAUUCCAUACUGGAAUAUUUCUUCAUUAUUUUCUCUUUGAUAAGCAAGUCACUCCACAAUACCUCGGACGGUUUUGCUUUGCAAAUAUCACAGACAGCAGAAAAUGUUUCUGACAAAUAUGAGGUUAUUUUGCCGUCUAUCAUCAUCAUGUGCAAUUGAUGCUUAACUUCAACUUGUUUGAUUUUUGAUGGCUGAAGUCUUUCUAUUUCUUCUGUUAUGCUAGCUUUUAUAAUUGUCACUGUUGACUGCGUUUCUUUUGUAAAUUUAAACAUUAUUGGACGGCAAUAAAAAGUUGAUGAGGGUAGGUCGUUUUCCCAAACAAUUGUUCCAUAAAAUUUCUGAAGCCUUAUAGGAACUAGACUGACCAUGAAAAUAGAUAAAUCAUCAAACUCUGUUUCAGUUUUUUGUUUAUAAUUACUUUGACCUGUGGCUCUAUCAAAGCCUAUUUGCUUAUAAGCAGUAGCUCUCUUGUAGAGUCCAAAUCCGAAGUAAUCACAUCUAAAAGCCUAUAUAGCGCCAAGUUUAGUAAUGCUUGCAUUUUAAUAGCAGCUCCUUCUUCAGUAAUAAUUACCUCGUCUUUUCCUGGAUAACAUUUGGUCUUUUCUUGCUUAAUUUUAUAUUAAGAAGGGUAUAAAUCAGACCCAUUUUCACUUGCUGCUUCUCUUAGGUUUAUAUACUGCCACUUAAUUUAAGUGAAACUAAUAUUGCCUUAUCGGGAGAAUAUGUACUACUUUUCACUUUACUUGUAAUUACUACUAAAAAUACUCCUUAACUUUUUCUAGAUCUUCGGGGUGAUUUGACAAGUGGUUCAUUAUUUCUCCUACAUCUUCAUUUCUAGUGUUUCUCAAACUAGCAAUUGUAGUAGCUUUCAUUUCAUCCGGGGAUAACGAAAGCGAUUGGUAAAUUUGUUCAAUGCGUCUUCGUUUUUGCCUGGAUCCCAAUUCUUCAAAAGGUUUUCGAGGUGCAAAAAUAGAUGUCGAGGCUUCUGCAGUACAUUUGAGGGUGGUACAUUUUCAACAUCUUCAGUAUUAGAAAUCUCGAGCCUUUCAUGUGCAGUGUUGAUAGCUUCAGGUAUCAUUCCUUCGGGCCAGUUUAUUGCACAUUCUAACCAAUCACAUUUUUUUCUUAUAAACUGUGCUAACAUGCGACUACUUCGUUUCCAUAUUGCACUUACAUUUGAACAAAAUUGCGUACAUAAUUUUUGGAGCUCAAAAUUUUUCUCUUCGGUCACCUUUAUUUGAUUUUGUAGGAAUUGAAAGAGUUUUUUAUUAUCAGACAGCGACUGUAGUUGCUCUCUUAAAAUCAUAAAUAAUUCCAAAUUGUUAACAAAAUUAUCAAUUAUAACGGAAACAGCAAGAUCACAACGCAAUCACGAGAUGUUAGUAGUAGUACGAAUAAACGAACACUAGGUAGUAUAUAAUAAACAUGGUCACUUUAUACUUCCAGAGACAAACAAAUGUUUACUAUAUUUUCUACUACCCAGUAAUGGCUGCUUAACUAGUUAUCCUCAUUAAAUAAUGUUAACUAUCCUGAUAAUUAGAGAGAUUGCUUAAUUAGAGACCUACUAAAUGUAUUGUUGUUAGGUAUUAUGUAAUUAUGGGUAUCAUUACGUGCUUUUACUUACUAAUCCAUAUCAAAUUUAACUUAAAAGCACAUACAAAAAAAUAUAUAAAGGUUUUUAUUCUAUGUAUUUAUUCAUUUUUUUCGAUCCAUUUAUUUGGCAGAGUUGCAACUUUAUGCACAUGUUCAUAGCAUCAAAUGCUAGUAGACUAGACAAGGUAUAAGGAAAAUAAAGUUUCAAAGCGGGACCUCGCGGUACUUAGCAGGAAUUUAAUUUAAUGUGACCCGCUCCAUACAAAAAAAUCACAAAACACAUUUUUCUGACCAAACUAUAAAGUUUUUGUAAUUUUUGCCCAAAACAAUUAUUAUUGAGAUUAACGAGUUCUAUCUAUCUACAUUAAAAAAUUUAUAAAAAAACAAAGUUGGUCCCUAAGUCACUAAAAUCACAGUAUCGACCCACUGUGCGCCGUCAAGACUGUCGAAUGUCGAUUCGCCGAACAAUAUGAAUUAUAAAUCCUAUAUUACGUCUAUGUAAAUAAAGUACGAAUUAGAUACGUAUAAGUAUAAAGACGUAGUUUUGUUUUUCUUAUUUAAAUAUAAAUGUAUAUGAGGGAGAGAAAGAAAAUUUAUAAAAAAUGAAUAUAUAUUUAUAAAUAUAUAUGUGUUAGGUCGUUACGGGCCGAACGCGGCGGCGACCCGUGCGCUCGGCGCGCGAUUGGAACAAUGCUGCGAUAUUCCUUGUGCCCCUCGAAAUAUCAGUGCAUUAUUAUAAGAGUCAAAAUGUAUAGAAGAUGCGGUAGUGUUAUUGUGUAUAGAUGCGUUUAUGAUAGCUCGAGUCGGGCGGACGAGACCGAAACUUGCCAGCCGGUUCGAGCGAACGACGACUAGCUAUGAAUCCUGACAUCGGCUCACGUUAAUUAGCUUUUAAUAUUCAUCAAAAUAUAAAAUACACAAAAAAAAAAUAUUUCGACCAAGUACUGGUUGUUUUUAAAUUAUUAAAAUGUAAAAAAAAAAUUAGAAUAUAUACAAAGUAUAGGUACAAUUUAUGAAUUAUACUUUUCUUUUCGGCAUUUCAUGUAUCAGUGGAAAGGGACCUAAAAUUUUUGCUACUAUAAAAGCACUCGUGUAGGUUAAGCGAAUAGUCUCGCUGUACGUUUGCAAUUUUAUAAGCAUACAUAUAUAUACAUAUUAGAAAGCAAUUUUACAGUGUUGAAAUGUUUCUGAAUUGUAUAUUACAUUUGUGAUUUCCUUUGCUCAUGCCCUCUUCCAUUGCUUUUUGUUUGUCAUCUAUCUAAGUGUAUAGCAUGAUUUUGUUAAGGCAGGGUAAUGCAGAAAAGUGAAGAGGUACUUUUUAAUUUGAUUGAUUUGUUUGAAUGUUUUGAGUUAAUUUUAUCCAUUCAAUGGAUUCUGUAUUGUUAUGAAAGAAGCCAGCGUUUGUUGUUUUUUUUUUCUUUAAUUAAGUCAUCUUAAAUUUUGAUUUUGAUUGAGGCAGCAGAUUAGUUUAUUUAACUCUCAAGUUACCACAAAAACAAUAGUCAGAUUUUAGGCUCUCUUUGGCGUUGCCCUUAAUAUUUCUAGGCAAUGUAUAGUGCAUACGCAAGACGUCUGCUCCGUGAUUAUGUGAAAGUGUAAAUCUAAGGUAGUCAGUAUUAGAACAUGCAAUAAACAUGAGCUGAAGAGAGGUUGUGAAGUAUCAUUAUAAAAGGUACCUAUUCAAAAUCUGGAUAAACAGACUAACUCGCAGGACAAAACUGAUAGUGUUGCUGCAAUAUGCAUUUACGCCAUCUUCACGUUAAAUUGAAUUAAAAAUGGGAUCAGUGCCAAACUUUCUUUCUUGUUUAGCUCAAAAUGAUGCAAUUGUUAGCAUGCUUGAUGAACAGCUAAGUAAUUGUUUAGUUAGUCUGCCAUUUUGUGAAUAUUUUGUUUUGAUAGUAAUAUGUAAAUCUUUUAUAAUAUAUUUGUUUACAUAAAAUAAAUGACAACAUUAUAAAUAAAUGAAAUUGUAUUUUCCAUUUAAACUGAUGAAAAAAAAAUAAAAAAGAAUAAUAUGCAAUGA